UGAUUGCGACUCAGGAUGGCAAAUGGUUCGAUCGAAAAGUUCUGGGGAUAAAUCGUGCAAGCCAGUAUGUUCGAAGCCCUGUGUUAAUGGAAGUUGCAUAGCCCCUGAAAAAUGCGAAUGCAAAGAGGGCUAUGUUCAGUCAGACACUUACAACUGCAAGCCUUUCUGCUCCAGUCGAUGUCCCCACGGCAGAUGUUUUGCACCAGAAAUAUGUGUCUGUGACCCAGGAUGGCAAAUGGUUCAAUCGAAAAGUUCUGGCGAUAAGUCUUGCCAGCCUAUUUGCUCCAAUCCCUGUGUUAAUGGAAGUUGCAUAGCCCCUGAAAAAUGCGAAUGCAAAAAGGGUUAUGUCAAGUUAGAUAACUAUAGCUGCAAGCCGUUCUGUUCAAGUGGCUGUCCCCAUGGUAGUUGUGUUGCACCCGAAACUUGUGACUGUGAUUCAGGAUGGCAAAUGGUUCAAUCGAAUGGGUCUAUGGAUAAGUCUUGCCAGCCUAUUUGCUCAAAGCCCUGUGUAAAUGGGACGUGCGUAGGCCCUGAUAAAUGCGAAUGCAAAAAGGGUUAUGUCAGGUUAGAUAACUACAGCUGUGGACCAUUCUGCUCCAGUCGAUGUUCCCAUGGAACUUGUAUUGCUCCAGAAACUUGUGUCUGUGACCCAGGAUGGCAAAUGGUUCAGUCGAAAAGUUCUGGGGAUAAGUCUUGCCAGCCAGUAUGUUCAAAGCCCUGUGUUAAUGGAAGUUGCAUAGCCCCUGAAAAAUGCGAAUGCGAAAAGGGUUAUGUCAAGUUAGAUAACUACAGCUGUGGACCAUUCUGCUCUAGUAAAUGCUCGCAUGGAACUUGUGUUGCUCCAGAAACUUGUGUCUGUGACCCAGGAUGGCAAAUGGUUCAGUCGAAAAGUUCUGGGGAUAAGUCUUGCCAGCCAGUAUGUUCAAAGCCCUGUGUUAAUGGAAGUUGCAUAGCCCCUGAAAAAUGCGAAUGCGAAAAGGGUUAUGUCAAGUUAGAUAACUACAGCUGUGGACCAUUCUGCUCUAGUAAAUGCUCGCAUGGAACUUGUGUUGCUCCAGAAACUUGUGUCUGUGACCCAGGAUGGCAAAUGGUUCAGUCGAAAAGUUCUGGGGAUAAGUCUUGCCAGCCAGUAUGUUCAAAGCCCUGUGUUAAUGGAAGUUGCAUAGCCCCUGAAAAAUGCGAAUGCGAAAAGGGUUAUGUCAAGUUAGAUAACUAUAGCUGUGGACCAUUCUGCUCUAGUAAAUGCUCGCAUGGAACUUGUGUUGCUCCAGAAACUUGUGUCUGUGACCCAGGAUGGCAAAUGGUUCAAUCGAAUCUCUCUGCGGAUAAGUCUUGCCAGCCUAUUUGCUCAAAUCCCUGUGUUAAUGGAAGUUGCAUAGCCCCUGAAAAAUGCGAAUGCAAAAAGGGUUAUGUCAAGUUAGAUAACUAUAGCUGCAAGCCGUUCUGCUCAAGUGGCUGUCCCCAUGGUAGUUGUGUUGCACCCGAAACUUGUGACUGUGAUUCAGGAUGGCAAAUGGUUCAAUCGAAUGGGUCCAUGGAUAAGUCUUGCCAUCCUAUUUGCUCAAAGCCCUGUGUAAAUGGGACGUGCGUAGGCCCUGAUAAAUGCGAAUGCAAGAAGGGUUAUGUCAGGUUAGAUAACUACAGCUGUGGACCAUUUUGUUCCAGUCGAUGUCCCCAUGGUAGUUGUGUUGCUCCAGAAAUAUGCAGCUGUGACCCAGGAUGGCAAAUGGUUCAAUCGAAAAGUUCUGGGGAUAAGUCUUGCCAGCCUAUUUGCUCAAAGCCCUGUGUUAAUGGGACAUGCAUAGCCCCUGAAAAAUGCGAAUGCAAAGAGGGCUACGGUCAGUCAGAAUCCUACAACUGCAAGCCUUUCUGCUCCAGUCGAUGUCCCCACGGCAGUUGUGUUGCCCCAGAAAUAUGUGUCUGUAACCCAGGAUGGCAAAUGGUUCAAUCGAAAAGUUCUGGGAAUAAAUCAUGCCAGCCAGUAUGUUCAAAGCCCUGUGUUAAUGGGACAUGCAUAGCCCCUGAAAAAUGCGAAUGCAAAAAGGGUUAUGUCAAGUUAGAUAACUAUAGCUGCAAGCCGUUCUGCUCAAGUGGCUGUCCCCAUGGUAAUUGUGUUGCACCCGAAACUUGUGAUUGCGACUCAGGAUGGCAAAUGGUUCGAUCGAAAAGUUCUGGGGAUAAAUCGUGCAAGCCAGUAUGUUCGAAGCCCUGUGUUAAUGGAAGUUGCAUAGCCCCUGAAAAAUGCGAAUGCAAAGAGGGCUAUGUUCAGUCAGACACUUACAACUGCAAGCCUUUCUGCUCCAGUCGAUGUCCCCACGGCAGAUGUUUUGCACCAGAAAUAUGUGUCUGUGACCCAGGAUGGCAAAUGGUUCAAUCGAAAAGUUCUGGCGAUAAGUCUUGCCAGCCUAUUUGCUCCAAUCCCUGUGUUAAUGGAAGUUGCAUAGCCCCUGAAAAAUGCGAAUGCAAAAAGGGUUAUGUCAAGUUAGAUAACUAUAGCUGCAAGCCGUUCUGUUCAAGUGGCUGUCCCCAUGGUAGUUGUGUUGCACCCGAAACUUGUGACUGUGAUUCAGGAUGGCAAAUGGUUCAAUCGAAUGGGUCUAUGGAUAAGUCUUGCCAGCCUAUUUGCUCAAAGCCCUGUGUAAAUGGGACGUGCGUAGGCCCUGAUAAAUGCGAAUGCAAAAAGGGUUAUGUCAGGUUAGAUAACUACAGCUGUGGACCAUUCUGCUCCAGUCGAUGUUCCCAUGGAACUUGUAUUGCUCCAGAAACUUGUGUCUGUGACCCAGGAUGGCAAAUGGUUCAGUCGAAAAGUUCUGGGGAUAAGUCUUGCCAGCCAGUAUGUUCAAAGCCCUGUGUUAAUGGAAGUUGCAUAGCCCCUGAAAAAUGCGAAUGCGAAAAGGGUUAUGUCAAGUUAGAUAACUACAGCUGUGGACCAUUCUGCUCUAGUAAAUGCUCGCAUGGAACUUGUGUUGCUCCAGAAACUUGUGUCUGUGACCCAGGAUGGCAAAUGGUUCAGUCGAAAAGUUCUGGGGAUAAGUCUUGCCAGCCAGUAUGUUCAAAGCCCUGUGUUAAUGGAAGUUGCAUAGCCCCUGAAAAAUGCGAAUGCGAAAAGGGUUAUGUCAAGUUAGAUAACUACAGCUGUGGACCAUUCUGCUCUAGUAAAUGCUCGCAUGGAACUUGUGUUGCUCCAGAAACUUGUGUCUGUGACCCAGGAUGGCAAAUGGUUCAGUCGAAAAGUUCUGGGGAUAAGUCUUGCCAGCCAGUAUGUUCAAAGCCCUGUGUUAAUGGAAGUUGCAUAGCCCCUGAAAAAUGCGAAUGCGAAAAGGGUUAUGUCAAGUUAGAUAACUAUAGCUGUGGACCAUUCUGCUCUAGUAAAUGCUCGCAUGGAACUUGUGUUGCUCCAGAAACUUGUGUCUGUGACCCAGGAUGGCAAAUGGUUCAAUCGAAUCUCUCUGCGGAUAAGUCUUGCCAGCCUAUUUGCUCAAAUCCCUGUGUUAAUGGAAGUUGCAUAGCCCCUGAAAAAUGCGAAUGCAAAAAGGGUUAUGUCAGAAAUAUGCAGCUGUGA